AUGAGUGAAGAGGAGGCUGAGCGUGUGGCUAUUGUACGUGCUGAGUACUGUGCUAGUCUUGAAUCUCGUUUAUCCACGUAUGACCGCGCCUCGUCUGUGGACUGUAAGUGGAGUACCGUGAAGUCGGCUGUUGUUGACGCGGCGGAGCAGGUGGUUGGUCGGGACAAGCGGCGGAUGCCAGAUUGGUUCCGUGACAAUGCCCUUGUAUUGGAGCCUCUACUGGAGUCUCGUAAUACCCUUGUGUACGAUCCGCAUGUCUUCCAACUUAUCCCUCAGCGUGAGGUCGAGGACUCCCUCUCACUGCCACCAUCGGAGGAUGAGCUGACUCAGGCAGUUAGACACCUACAGAAUGGCAAAGCUGGUGGUAUGUCACAGAUUGUGCCGGAGCUGCUGAAGGUUGGUGUGCCUGUCCUCCAUCCACUCCUCCUGGACCUACUCCAAUCUGUCUGGUCGGGGGGUUGCGUGCCCCAGGACUGGCGCGAAGCACUGCUGGUACCGAUUCCAAAGAAGGGCGACCUCUCUCGCUGUGAUAAUUGGCGAGGGAUCGCAUUGCUGGAGGUUGUCGGCAAGUUGGCUGCUCGGAUCAUGCAAAACCGAUUGCAGGGUAUUGCUGAGGCGGAGCUGCCUGAAUCCCAAUGCGGGUUUCGGCGGCAGUGUGGUUGUGCAGACGCCAUCUUCUCUGUCCGUCAACUUGUCGAGAAGUCGUACGAACAUCGAUCGAAGCUCUUCUGCGUAUUUGUGGAUCUCCGCAAAGCGUACGACUCUGUCCCUCGCGAAGCUCUUUGGCAGGCAUUGCUGCGGCUGGGUGUGCCGCCCUCGACUGUGGCCAUCAUCAAAUCAUUCCAUACAGACAUGUCAGCUUGCGUUCGCGUUGGUUGCACGGAUCCCAUAUCUGUCAAGAAUGGGCUGCGCCAAGGGUGCGUGAUGGCACCUGUACUGUUUAACUUGUACUUCGGCUUAGUUAUUGAGCGUUGGCAAUCCCUUCUCGUGGAGCGUGGAAUAAAGUCUGGUGUGGACUUCAGCUUCACAAUUGAUGGCCAGCUGUUCCCUCGUGUCACUAGGCGGCGUCCCCACUCCGAGUCCGGCCAUGCUGAUGACUCCGAGUUUGCGGAUGAUGCCGUACUGCUCGCUACAACUCGCAACGGAGCCGAUCAAUCCCUGUCUGCUUUUUGUGAGGUUGCAUCCAGCUUGGGUCUCACCGUGAGCAUGACCAAGACCAAGCUUCUCGUCGCAGGUUUCGGAGUUUGCCCUGCUGAUUGCUCUGAUUUGGUCAUUGGCAAUGAUAGGGUUGAAGCAGUCACCUCAUUCCUCUAUCUUGGUUCCACCAUCACUCCGGACUCGCGGUCGCAAGCGGACAUUCGGAGCCGUCUAGCAAAGGGUGCAGGGGCCUUUGGUGGUCUUCGGCGCAUCCUACAUGACCGGAGCCUGAACCUCCCUACCAGGCGCCACCUGUAUGUCGUUUGCGUCCUGUCAACGGUUCUGUAUGGUUCAGAAUGCUGGACGCCAUUGAAGGCAGAUUUAGAUAGAAUGGACCGGUUUCACCAUGCCAACAUUCGCUCCAUCCUUGGCGUAUCGCGCGGCCGACAGUGGGAACAGCGCAUCUCCUCACAGGAACUGCGAGCACAGUGGGGUGAUCCCACACCACUGUCACGCAUGGUGCAGCAGAGACGGUUGGAGUGGCUUGGGCACCUGGCUCGUCUUGAUGACACCAGAGUACUGAAGCAGUUGCUGUUUGCCUGUCUCCCUCAGUCUCGGCCAUUCUGUGGACCUCGUCGUCGCUGGAAGGACACCAUCCACACGGACCUAUCCGUGGCUGGAGUGCGUAACUGGUUUGAGUUGGCAACGCGGCAAUCGUGGAGAGUGGCGUGGAGUGGCGACAGCAGCAGGUGA